GGGCGCUCAUCUCUUUCAUCUUUGUUUCAUUAAUUAACUCUCUGGGCGUUCAACUGAAACCAGCUCUCCCGCUAAUCCAAUUCUCAUGGAUUCCUCCGUCUCUGACACCUCCAAUGCCGUUUCGCCCUAUCAAAUUCUCUUCACAUCGCUUUCUCUCAUUCCCCUCUCUCACCUUCUCUCUGCGCUCUUCAUCGUCUUCUUCAUCUUCCUCUACAAGUUUUUCGAGAUUCAUUUUCUUCACGAUUUCUUCCAUGCCUUCGCCGGCGACCGCGUUUCCAUCGUUGCAUCCGACGCCGAUUUCUACCAGUCCGUUGUUUCCAAGUGCCGGAUUCUUCAUGGCAGGUUCUCCUCCACUCCAUGGCUUUGCAGUCCUCAUCUCCAGACUAUUUUCCUCAGUAUUGUUGGGAAGUGUCCUCCUGUCUCCUAUAAAAGACAGUUAUUCCGGGUACCUGAUGGUGGAACAAUUGCUUUGGAUUGGCUAAGGGGUUCUGAUGUUAAAUGUGAUGGCUAUGACGUGAAUGUUAGCACUUCUGACAAUGAGAAAAUACCAACUGUUAUAGUCAUUCCUGGAUUAACCAGUGACUCUACAGCAGCUUACAUUAAGCAUUUGGCAUUCAGGAUUGCAAAACGUGGAUGGAAUGUUGUCGUGAGCAACCAUCGUGGUCUUGGUGGCAUAUCACUAACUUCUGAACGUGUCUAUAAUGCUGCGUGGACAGAGGAUAUAAGGAGAGUGGUUGGCCAUAUUCAUAGUCAACAUCCAGAAGUCCCUCUGUUUGUUGUUGGAACUAGUAUUGGCGCAAACGUUCUGGUAAAAUACCUUGGAGAGGACGGUGCUAAUGUCCCCAUUUCCGGUGCUGCUGCUAUUUGCUCGCCUUGGGAUCUUUUGAUUUGUGACAGGUUCAUUAAUCGCAGGCUUGUUCAGGGUUUUUAUAAUAAAGCUUUAGCUGACGGCUUACAAGGCUUUGCACUAUUGCAUCAAUCCAACUUGUCUCGACUUACAGAGUGGGAAUCCAUUAAGAAGUCACGUUCGGUUCGUGAUUUUGAUAACUAUGCCACACGUAUCCUUGCAAAUUUUGAGACCGUGGAUGCAUAUUACAGGCACGCCUCUAGUUCUACAUAUGUGGGAAAUGUGGCAGUGCCACUUUUAUGUAUCAGUGCUUUGGAUGAUCCAUUGUGCACAAAAGAAGCCAUUCCAUGGGACGAGUGUAGGACAAAUAGGAACGUUGUUCUAGCAACGACUCCACAUGGAGGACACCUAGCUUUCUAUGAAGGGAUAACUGCCAGCAGCAUGUGGUGGGCGAGAGCUGUUGAUGAAUUCCUUGGCGUCCUGCAUUCCAGCCCGUACAUUAGCGUAAUAAAGCAGAUGCAAAAGACGAGAGCACCGACGCCGAGCUUUUCCAUUGAUCAGGGUCCUUACGUGAGUGUUUUGGAAGAUGGAAUGGUGACUGCAGUAGGGGACGAACCAACAGAUGAUACUGUGCAAGACAUGCCAAACCAGGAAACGACGAAUGUUAGUACCGACGACGAAGUCAUUUUGGACAAAGAAGAGGCUGACCAUGAUAGGAAGAAUGACCAACUAGAGAUAUAUGAAGAGAAGAAUACAACACCGGCCACAACUCCUGUAAGGAAAUGUACAGAUUGUCUUGCACGGUGGAGUGGUAGAUCAGUUUGGCUGCUCGCUUACAUCGCCGUCCUCACGACAUGGCCAAUGGUGCGCCCAGCGCUCUCGUUAUUCUUUAAGAAAAGAGAUAAAAAUCCAGCAACUGGAGGAUCACGUAAAAGAUAAAAUCUGUUGUUGCAAUUAUUGAUAAUAUUAAGAAUAAAAUGGGGAAAAGGAUAGAAUUUACAUUUACUAUAGUUUAUUGGGGAAUAAGAUAUGAAAAACUAGUAGUGUAGUCUUGCUGUUUGUCCAAGUUUUCAUGUACUGUGUACUGACUGGUAUGAAGAAAUAAAAUUGAUCUGUUUGGUUUUUUCUGCCA